CACCCUACUAUACCCAACUGAUGGCCAUGGUGGGAUGCAUCCCCGCUUGCCUGACCCAACCCCUGCUGUGCCCACAGGUGGCCAUGGUGGAGGUGCAGCUGGACACAAAGUACCAGUACCCUCAGCCCCUGCUCAUCGCCUUCAGCGCCUGCACCACGGUCCUGGUGGCCGUGCACCUGUUUGCCCUGCUCAUCAGCACGUGCAUCCUGCCCAACGUGGAAGCUGUGAGCAACAUCCACAACCUCAACUCCAUCAGCGAGUCACCGCACGAGCGCAUGCACCCAUACAUCGAGCUAGCCUGGGGUUUCUCUACCGUUCUAGGCAUCCUGCUUUUCCUGGCUGAGGUGGUACUGCUCUGCUGGAUCAAGUUCCUCCCGGUGGAUGCCAAGGAUCAGUCAGUCUCCGAUAGCCACACGGGCUGGCAGGCCGCUCUGGUGUCCACCAUCAUCAUGGUACCUGUGGGUCUCAUCUUCGUGGUCUUCACUAUCCACUUCUACCGUUCUCUGGUGCGGCAUAAGACAGAGCGCCACAACCGUGAGAUCGAGGAACUGCACAAGCUCAAGGUGCAGCUGGAUGGGCACGAGAGAAGCCUGCAGGUGGUGUGAGCGAGGCCUUUGCGAUGUGAUACCAGCCUGCACGGGAGAGCAACCCUCAGGCCACCACACAGCCGGUAGGUGUAGCCAAGGGGGCUGCCAGACAAACCCGGGCUGUAUGAGAUCCACCAUGCAUCCCAAGAGCCUCAGUGGGAUUGCUAAACAGACUGCCCAGAUGCUGCUCCAAUAAUUCCAUCCUCCUGUCCUCGCAUGAAUAAGGGUCUAAAAGGAGUGAGAAAGCAUCGGUUUCAUCAUGGAAGCCAGAGGAAGAAACAUGACCACAUGGCCCGGGGGACUUCCUGAGUCCAGUCAAGCAUAUCAGAAAGCACUGUAGAUCUCAGAUAUCUGGACCUUGUGAUUGGCAGGGUAGGAUAGUGACUUCCCAAAGCCUGAUGGGGGGCUGGGGCUCAGGUGGGAGAGUGCCUGCCUAGUGUGCAGGAAACACUGCAUCAACCAGGUCAUCCCAGGGUCAUUGCAGUGAGAGGGAGGGGGAGGAAGGUAGACCAGGGGUUCAAAGUUGUUCUCUGCUACAUGGUGAGUUUGAGGCUACACGAAACAGUCAGACGCAUGCACAUGCAUGCAUGAGAGCUUGCGCACACACACAUGCACACACACACACACAAGAGCACAGACACCAUGCACACACGCAUGUGCACACAGACACACACAAAGAAUAAACUACUUGAGAGUGCAGAGGUGGGCCCGGCGCUGGCAUAGGGUAGCAUGGCUUGUGAUGAGAGACGGAUGUGUUAGCCAAUCUGUAGCUCAUCUCGGUUCUUUCCUCCCAACUCUGGAGAGGGUCCCGCGUGUUCAGGAUUCUGGGGCACACAGCAGCUCGACAAGGGUAACAGAUGCUGUUAUUGGAUUCGGAGUUGUCUGAUCCUGGUGUGGGAGGCCUGGCACAAUUGAUGACAAAUGUCCUAGAGUCCACCACCAUGGGCUGACUGAGAUGGACAGACACACA